CCUACAUUCAGAACAUGAGACUUACCGAAGUGCACUUGCCUCCUGCUUCCUCUCUUCCCGUAUCGUUUGACAGAACUUGUGAAUCAGGUGUUCUCUGUCGCAUUGUUUGCAUUCUUUGUUAUGCGCGCCGGUAGGUAACCACCCCGCGGAACUUACAUAGCUUAGCUCUUCCGAAAAUACAGAGCGCCAUGAAGUGGCACAGCUUACUCAGAAGACGACUCAUCAGAAGGGGGAUUUUGAGCUUCAACGCAACCAUGGUGACAGUAAGCCACUCAAUCAGCGUUUUUACUUAACUACAGUAUCUGUCGAGAGGUGCUGGUAGCAUACUGUACAGUGACCAACGCCAUGAGGUUCAACGGGUUCUUGAAAGUUCGAGUUGGGGAGGCGGUAGAUCUCAAACCGACAUCCUUCUCCAAACGCCAUUCUAUAAGACCAAAUGUGAAAUCAAAUUUGAUGGACCCUUACAUUGUGGCAAAGGUUGACAAUGUCAAAAUUGGACAGACUGAAACAAAGUCGAAAACGAACAGUCCAACAUACAAUGAGGUCCUGUGCGCGCAAAUUAGCGAUGCAAAGAUUCUGGAGCUCGCCGUGUUUCACGAUACUCCUAUUGGAUACGACGACUUUGUGGCCAAUUGCACCUUUCAGCUGGAGGAUAUGAUGGAUACAGCCAAUACGAGGCAGACCUUUGAGGGAUGGGUUGCUCUGGAGCCAGAGGGCAAAGUCUACAUCACCAUCACCCUCACCGGCUCCUUCAUCGACGAUGCAGCGAUUAUAAACGGCUCGAGGAACCAUCAGAGGCUGAUCAGGAAGAAGGCCCUGAAGAGGAAGGUGCACCAGGUCAAUGGCCAUAAGUUCAUGGCUACGUACCUGAGACAGCCUACCUUCUGCUUCCACUGCAAGAAUUUCAUAUGGGGUGUGUUUGGGAAGCAAGGUUACCAGUGUCAAGUGUGUACCUGUGUGGUUCACAAACGAUGUCACGACCAAGUGUUGACAAAAUGCCCUCGGAUGAAGAAAAAGGAAGACGAACAGGGUCCCAGUGAAGGCUUCAGCAUCAACAUCCCCCACAUUUUCAAGAAGCACAACUACAAGGUUCCCACCUACUGCAACCACUGUGGCUCUCUGCUCUAUGGUGUGGUCAAACAGGGCAUGCAAUGCCAGGGUUGCAAGAUGAACGUGCAUAUUCGUUGCCAGGAAAAUGUGGCUCCUAACUGCGGGGUGGACAGUGCCGAGUUGGCUCGCAAGCUGGCAGAUCUCGGGGUGAAGCCUGGAAUGUCAAGUUCGAAUAGAAGGUCAACCAUAAAGUCGGGACUUCCCUCUGAGGAGGAUCCAGUGGUUCCCAGCAGCGAGAGUGUGCCGAGGGUCAGCCUAGACGACUUCACCUUCCUACAGGUGCUGGGGAAGGGCAGCUUUGGCAAGGUGAUGCUGGCGUGCAUGAACAGCACGGAGAGGGUAUACGCUGUGAAGAUGCUGAAGAAGGACGUGAUCCUGCAGGAUGACGACGUGGAGGCCACCAUGAUCGAGAAGAGAGUCCUGGCCCUCGCUCACCAGCACCCCUACCUCACACAGCUCUACUACUGCUUUCAGACGCCGGAUCGUCUGUUCUUUGUCAUGGAGUUUGUGAAUGGCGGUGACCUGAUGUUCCACAUCCAGAGGUCACGGCGCUUCGAUGAACCUCGGGCGCGCUUCUAUGCCGCUGAGGUCACCUGUGCUCUCACCUACCUGCACUCGAAAGGCAUCAUCUACAGGGACCUGAAGCUGGACAACGUCUUGCUGGACAAAGAUGGCCACUGCAAACUGGCAGACUUUGGCAUGUGCAAAGAGGGGGUCUUCAGGGGGGACAUAACGUCCACUUUCUGCGGGACACCAGACUAUAUAGCACCAGAGAUCAUCGAGGAGAAGCCGUACGGCCACUCGGUGGACUGGUGGGCGCUGGGCGUGCUGCUGUACGAGAUGCUGUCUGGGCACGCUCCGUUCGAGGCCGAGACGGAGGACGAGCUGUUCGAGUGCAUCCGCCGCGACCCGGUGGUCUACUCCUCCUGGCUGAGCAGCGAAGCCGAGGACAUCCUCAGAGGGCUUCUGAUGAAGGACCCCCAGUGUCGUCUAGGCUGCGUGGAGAGAGAGGGAGGAGAGGAGGCCAUCACGUCCCAUCCGUUCUUCUCCGGCCUCAACUGGAACGCCCUGAAGAAGCGAGAGCUCGAGCCUCCCUUCAAACCCAGAAUAAAAUCGCUGGAGGAUGUGAGUAAUUUUGAUCCCGACUUCACCCAGGAGGAGCCCACGCUUACUCCCAUCGAGGACACCAUGUUCGCCUGCGUCAACCAGGAGUUUAAAGACUUUUCCUUCACAGCCCCCGAGCUGCUGGCCACAUAACAGAGUGCUGGACAAUGUAUUUAAAUGGGCUCGAACGCACACACACACACACACACACACACACACACACACACGUGGAAAACAUUCAGUUAUACUAUCCCACUCAGACAAGCCCAUUGUCUCAUCAUUCUCAUACAAUAUGAGUCUUGAACACAAACACACAAAACUAUGGCCAUUCCGGCAGCUGUCAGCUAUUCUUGGAACUGUUUGAGCAUCAAAGCCGGGAACCAGAGCUUUGAGCAACAAAUACAUGAAAGAAGACUGUGGCUGAAUAUUCCUGUUAAGUUGUGAAUGCCUCUGUGGCAGACCCAUGCAUUGUGUUCCAAAUCAUGUGUGUGUGCGUGGGUCACAAUUUAACUUGAAAAUUAGUGAGCCUACUGUGUGUCAAAAAGGUGUUAUCACUUCGUAGUAAUAAUGUGGAAAAGGCCUGAAGAGACUUGAAAUGAAUUGCUCCAUGUGUUGACCGCAAAGUGAACAGCCUCCUCUUAAAUGAUUCAGAGGGGUAGGUGUUAGUGACUGCGGCAUGACCGAAGAAUGAAUUUUUGAUGACAACAAACAGGUACCUCUCUUUUGCACCUACCAAAAGACCUAGCACCUAUUGUCUUCCUCUGCCACCUGUCAGUUUCGCCUUUGCUUUGAUCGACCUUUGCUUGCUUUGUUGGCAAGCCUCUGCUUUGCUCUGAAGUCCAGAAAUGCCCAAGACUUCUCCGCCAAAUCAAAUGUCCCAUUAGGUGUCCUAAUUGAGGUCAGACAUUUUGUUCAGCAGCACCAGAGCAGGUUCAUUAUUUGUGAGGAUCUCUAGCAUCGCUGUUGUUACCGAGACAGAAUGCCAAGACUGUGGCCUUGGCAACUCACUCGCUUGUGGCCAUAUUGGGUCGAUUAGAUUGUAAAAUUACAGAGACUCAAAUAGCACAGAUGUUUUCAUCUUGUUUCUUGUUUUUCCCAGGCUUGCCAGUCUGAAAUGCUCAUUUGCUGUGUUGCAGAAGGAUGUCCCCCUGGGGUUUUGUUAUAAAUUAUUUUAACAAAGGCAAGACCUCAGUAAGAGGGAAAAAGAGAGGGAGAGCGAGAGAGAGAGAACAUGUUAUACCCAACGACAGGCCUUUUAAUUUCUCACAUGCUUCCAAUAAAUAACUUGUUAAAUAAAA